AUGAGUUUUUAAGGAUUUUUGGUUAAGAAAACUAUCUAAUAGUUCCCAAUUAGACAAAAGCCUGUAUAUUAUGAUGAUUACACUGAUUAAAAUUUUGUUCUUUUCAUAAACAAAAAAUUAGCAGAUCUAAGAUUUUAAAGUGGCAGCAACGAUAUAUCAGCUAAGCGAAUUAUGAACUUAAAAAUAAAAAUUCCAAAAGACAAGAAUACUGAGGGACAUAAAAUAAAAAGAAAGGCUUCUUUAAAGCGCAAAUCUAUCUCAGUGUAAUAAGAUGACAAAGAGAAAAAGUUUCGCUACAAAUUUAGAUCUCCACCAGUUAAACCUGAGGUUAGAUUAGCUUCCUAUUUAAAUGAUGAAUUACUUAGAUAGCAUUAAAUUAGUCCAUUGUAUUAGGAAUACAAACUAGCCAAUUUGAAAGCCAACUUAAUAAAAUUGCAAUCCAAGAAGUCAUACUAAUUAAAUGAGUUGAAUCAUGUGGAAUUGGAAGAUGAGGACUAAGUGAAAUACUUUCUGACAGAGAUUUGCAGGAAUCAUCCAGAGAUCGAUGUAGGGAACCUAUUAAGCGUGGAUGUUGAGAAGAAGGAAUUGAAAUUAGAUAAUUAAGAACAAAUAUUAAAGGAACUAGUUUAAAAGAGAAUUAAGUAAGAAGAAUUAGAGUAAUUGAUGAAAUUGGAAUAAUAAUACAAUUAAAAUCUUGUAAAUAUUUACAAGGAAACCAGAUAUGAUUAAUUUGAACCAGAAUUUAAGAAAUAAGGAUAAAUUAGCAUGUGUAAAAUAAAGAGGUAAAAAGAAAUUUAGGAUAAGAUGUUUGCUGAAAUUUUUAAAGUUAAAUCUCAUCGUUCUUCAAAGCAUAAUCUUACAAAGCAUUUCUUUCAGGCCAAGAAUAAAACACCGGAAUCCAAACACAAGGUUACACUUUCAUAAUAAUUUACACCUUCCAAUAAUAUCUUUAUUUCAUAACCUACCACUGUCCCAAUGUCGCCCUAGAUUUCUAUGCAUUAAGAACUCAAACCAAGUUAUUUGACAACAUCAAUUGGUACUUUUAAUGACAGUAAAUCGCCAAUUAAUAUUCCAAACACUGAUUUUAGUUACAAAAUUAAGACUAUUAUGGAUAAAUGCGAAAUGUUUGAGGAUGAACACAAAAUAUCUAAUUAAAUAUUUAAAGAAAGAAUAAACUUGAUGGGAAGAGAGUUGAAUACAUAUUUUGAUACAGCCAGAAGUAGAUACAAAAACCAAGAAAUGGAAAUGGAUACAAAUGAAGGAUUUGAUAGAUUUUUGUAAGAAAACUAAUUUAAAAGAAAAUUGAUUGAAUUUUAGGUCAGUUAAGUGCAGAAUUUGCAUGAAGUAUUAAGUCAAAAGGCAAAAAGAGAAUUGACUAAUAAUUUUAUGGGAUCUGAUUAAGACAAAUAGAAAUUAUUUUGA